AUGGUCUGUCAUUUUGGUAGAAAACAGCAGCAAGCUACAAGUCGCAAAUUAAUCUUCUCCACGAUGAAUCCGAACGAGGUGGUUUACAUUUCUAAUAUUCCGAAGCAAACUUCGCUGGGGGAGUUGCACAGUUUACUAAAAUCAUCUGGUAAUGUAGUCGGUUCCACGUUCAUGCGUGAAAACCGCAAUGAUUGCCGGACCAAAAUUGCCUUCGUAUUGUUCGAAAACGAAGACCAAGCCGCCGAAGCUUGCAACUUGGAUCAAACCCUUUUUCAGUCGCAUCGAUUGAGCGUUAUGAUGUCCAACGACGAUCGCAAGUUCCUGGCCGGCUAUACAAUAGUAAUACAUAACACAUCUUCCGACACCAGUGAAGAGGAUCUGUUCGAAGCAUGCUGUAGAUACGGAAAUGUCGAGACAGUACAAAUUCCCACCAACCACUACGCGUUUGUCGGAUUUUCCGAACGAUCUGCUGCCCACGCAGCUCAUCGCAAGCUGGACAAUUCGAUGCUGAAUCAGCACCAGGUAUCGGUGAAAGUACUCGACGAGGAUGUACGGGUGCGACUGGAAGAUUUGGAUAGUUACAAAACACCACGGGUUUACAAUGAACUGCUGCGUGCGAAGCAGCAAUACUUUGGUAACCAUCAACCAAGCCAUAACGACAUGCAGCAGAAUAUGAUGGAUCAAGACGAUGAUUUCCAAGACCAACAAUACAAUGUCGUCGAUGUCGACGAUGAUCCGUUGGGUCAGUUCAACCAAAACGACUCUUGCGAUGAUUUCGUACCGCAACAAGAUCAGCAAGCCUAUGAAGAAGAGUAUAGUCCAUUGUUCGUCUAUCGGCGUGAUGUUCGAUUUGGAAAGCUACGAUUCCAAACGGAAAACAAAACGGCCGUCAAAGUCGAAAAUAUUCCACGAGAAGUUUACGACGAGGAUGUGGUUAUUUACUUCCAAAAGUUCGGUCCCAUCUUAAGCAUCGAGAAAGGCAUCUGCCUGAAUGCAUUGUUUUCUAAAGUUUACAUGAUCAACUACCUCGACGAAGAGUCACAGCAACGUGCUAUAAACUGCUUUUGCCGACAAGUGGUACUGUCCGAUAUCAACUGCACGCUGUUCACCAUGAUACCCGGAGAAGCGCUACACCCAAUCAAAAAUCAAUCAGUGCUGAUUAACUAUGUACCGAACUUCAUACUGUACGACGAAAUAGUACAAGCAUUUUCAGACAUUGGAAAUGUUUUGUACGUCGAGAAAAAAGUUCGUAACAAUGGCCCCACGAUCGUGCAUUUCAGUCACCAGAUCAACAUGAACGACGCAUGUCAAAUUGAUGAUAUUGCUGGCAUUGUAGUUUCGAUUGUGCCAGUGAGCCAAAAAGAUUUCAUAAAAUUUGCUUCCAGUUUGCCAGUGUUUCAGAGAGCCGUCAAAGGCAAACUGAUUGGUACACCGAAAGGUAAGUACCUGCAGGAAAUUGAAGCGAAAGAGGAACAAGAGAAAAAGGAUAACAUCAUAUUCAAGACGGGAUUCGAUCCGCAUUACCGCAACCCUAAUCCAAAGAAGUACAGUUUUGAAGUGGUGCUUUACAACUGUCCCAAAAGCACAAAGUUUGGACAGCUGAAAAGUUAUUUUAACCGCGCUGGUGCAGUCCUUGCAAUGCGCCGUGAACCGAGCAAAUUCGAUCCGAACACGUGGAAAGUGUUCGUCAGUUUUGCAAACUAUUUGCAAGCGUACCGAGCCAUAAGGUUGAAAGGUAGGUUUGGUUUGGAUAAGGAUUUAAUCUUCAAACACAUCGCGGCGGAAAGCCCGAGAUUGGACUGCGUGGAAGCUGUUAUGGUGACCAUUGAUUCAGAGGAAAAUCUUAGUGUGGCGCAAGUUGCACGUGGAUUUGUUAGAUGUGGAGGUUUAUAUUUUGCCGAGAAAACAGCUCCAAACGAAUUUAUCAUCAUCUUUCGCGACAUGAAAGGAGCACAGAGAGCGUGUGAAAUUACUACUGUUGAACGUCUGCCGGCUGAUGUGUUCUGGAUGAAAGAUACAUUGAAACAGAAAGGGCGAAAGAAAAUAGUUGGAUUAAAUAUGAGCGCCAAUACGGGUGUGGAUGACGAUUCGAAAGACCAUCGACCACGCGUGCUGCUAUCGGAAAUGUUUGCCAGAAAAGAGACAAAGGAAAAGAAACCACCAGCGGCCCAACAGAUUGCUCCACCAGCAACCGAGAAGCAGGAACCUUUAAUAGUGGAAAUCAUCAACAAGCCUUGUGAGUCACCCAAGGCUUCGACAAGCAGCGCUCCACCUCCAGAUAUAAAAGGAGAGGAUCUACGAAAUAUCAUUGCAGAAAAGCGUAUCAUCAAAUCGGAAUGCCAGGAUCAGCUAAAUAAUCUCGAAGAAAUGGAACGCUUAAUCAAGCAAAAAGAGCAGGAUAUCCAGCGUCGGCUUCAACAAUUGGAAAAGGACGAGGCAAACGUUACGGCUUUGCUGCCAACUACUAGCACAAAAAGGAUCAAAUUAUCUGAAGAGAAAGCCAAGGAACCAACCAGUUCUAAAUCAGAGCAAAGCAGCAAAGGAAGCGGUAGUGGAAGCAGUCAGCGCAUAUCACCGAUCCGAGCGGAAGCAUCGUCCAGCAGCCAGCGGAUUAGCACACAUACGACAACGAUAGCAAACAUUCCCACCUACCCAGGUGAUAACAGAACAAUCUCGGACCAGAUGCGAUCUGUAUCGCCAUCGGAUCGUUUAGCCCACGAACGGUACAUGCAAAUACGGGUGGAAAAAAUUGCUAUCACACAAGAGUUGGAUUCAUUACGGCAACGUUUUGACUAUCGCAAGGGUUCUCGGGUGGAUGCAUUACGGGAUCUUCUCGCAGGGUUGAACCGCGAGCAAAGGGAAAUACAGAUACAGCUAGAAGCGAAGAGGCGCUUCAGGAUGCCAGAUGACGUAAACUAUGCGGGAAGCUCGUUCGAUGCCUCUCCAUCACCACCACCAAGACGCUACAGCAACCGAUCUUUAUCGCGGUCUCGUUCACCGUAUCGUUCACCGUCUCGAUCACGGUCACGUUCUCGGACGCCUGGAAGAUAUGUACAUUCGCGAACACGCUCUCGAUCACGUUCGCGCCGUUCGCGCCAUUUGACACGAUCUCGGACUCGUUCGCCGUUACGGUUUGCGCGCGUAUCUCGUUCGCCAUCUCCCCAAAGCUCCCGCCACAAGCGUCGCAGGACAAGGACUCCAUCGAGGGAAACUAAUUCAUCGUCCGUGAGGCGAGGCUAUUCGCUGGAAAGGGAUAUGUACCACAUUGGACGCUAUCAUACAGGCCAUCUGAAGCACAGUGUUUACGUAGGAAACAUCAGCUGCAAAGUGACCGAAAGGGAAAUAGAAGAAAUAUUCGCACGUUUCGGCAGGCUGGCGGAUGUUGAUUUUUCUCGUUACAAACGUCACGGCGAGGCCUAUUUUGAUUACACGAAUCGCGAACAUGCGUUCAAAGCCUUGGAAAUGAACAACGUUAAAAUAUCGGGACGUCGUCUACGGGUAGCUUUCAAUAUCGAUAAACCAUCGAACAGAGAGGGAUACACAGUUUACUUUACAGUACGACAACCGACUGAUGAGCAGACAAUCUAUCGAUCAUUUGCAUCGUAUGGCGAGAUUGAUUUUAUUUGGUAUCCAGAAAACGAAUUAUUCGGUACCGUAUCAUUCCGACGGACUGAAGAUGCGACCGAUGCACUUGCGGUGAAUAAGCUCAUCGAUGGAACGCCGAUAAAAUCGAGACCGUUUAUAGAUAAAGUUAAUGCCGUUCAAUGAACGUUGGCUAGCUUUUGUUCAAGUACAAUUCAAGUCACCGACCUGCUAAAAAUUCAAGUGUGUGAAUAUGAAAAGCUUGUUCAUGCAUGAUAUAACGACAAAGUUGUACCACAACCCGGUGGUUGACACACCUAAAGCUAUUCGCGUUAAAGCGUUUUAAAAUUCAAAAACAGACUUGAUAAAAACACCCAUCCCAGCAAUAGAAUGGUCGAACAAUAAGUGCAGACGAUUUCAUGAAGAACAAAAAAUAUCUUGAAGGUAUUAUAACUAUCUUUUAACAAAUUAAUUAAACCAGUUAACCUUACUGGUACACUAAUGUUUAUCUAGAUCUGAAACUAAUAUUAUUGUGAGUCAUCUUUCGAUGAAAGUUACAUAUAUAUGUACUUCAAUGUAGUAGGUCCUAGCAAGUGUUAUCAUACUUGGCAGUUUCAUUUUGCGGCAUCACGGCAUCAUUAAUUUUCUUUCAAUAUUUGCUCCAUAACUCUCCAGGAAGCUAGCAUACUUAUGAAGAAGCUACAAUCAUCUUUAUUCAUUUGCCAGAAGAUUUAAGUUGGUAUGUAACGUACAGGUAUAUUAGAGAAGAAUUAUUGUGUUGUGUUGGUUUCCGUGAGCACACAAAAUGUACCUGUUUUCGGAACUAAAAUCUAGGACUGUAAAUAUUGUUCUUUUGCUCAUCUUUUCUCCACAACCAACAAGUUAGGCGGAAUCCAAAAUAUCGAUUUAUUUUUAGAGUUAAAUUUUAGUAGAGAUUGCUUUCAGGUUAAUAUCAGUGGAACGAAUGUUUAUGUUUAUAAAAAAAAGUUUAUUCAAAACAAGCUUCGAAAGCGCAGAUCAUGAAUUGGAGUUAAUGGUCACAAUAUGGUUAUAAUGCCCAUUUAGGUGACUAGUAUCGACAGAUGCCAAGCAAAGAAGUUUAAUUUUUCCUUUGUUAUGCCGUAGCAUGCCAAGUAAAAAUACAUAUGUGCGUUUGAAAUAGAAUUACGAAGCAUCGCCCAAAAACUUCUAGAAGCGACAUUUGUAGUUAAACGAGCUAAUGCAGUACCAACGUUGAUUGUUGUUGCCAGCGGUACGAAUACGUUUGACAUGAAAUGUAAACUUAGUGCUUUUAAAAUGUAGUAACAUGCGUUGCUAGAGACGCACAGCUUACAAGAAAAAGUUACAUAAAAAAUAAAUAAUAAGAACUAUU